AUGGUCAGUUUUAAAAAAAAGAAUUCAUUUCAUUUCAAACGAUUUGAAAUUGAUGGUUUAGGAUACGAUUCAAUGUCAUAUGGGUAUCCACCAUACCGUAAUUAUAGAAAGUACGAAACCGUAAAAUGUGGUGACGCUGAUUCAUAUUCUUUGAAAUAUUCCGAUUCUGAACAAUG